CCACCACCAGCAUGUCCCCAGGGGCCUCCAGCCUGCUCGUGUGCCUGCCCCUCCUGCUGCUCACUACAGCUGUGGCUCCCUAUCAAACCCUGACCAGCUGGGAUCUCAACCCCGCCAGAGAGGAAGCUCUCCACCACUCUUCAUUAACUCUUCAUUAGGUGAAGCACUCAGACACCAACUGCUGCUACCACUCAGGUGGUACUCAGAGAGAUGGACGUGGCACCCAGGGUCCUGGUGCUUCUUUUGCCCCUGGCGCUAACCCUGCUCAGCCUGUCGCCUGCACCUACUUUGGGAGGAUGCCCGUCCGCUUGCCGCUGCUCUUUUGCCAUGAUGCAGUGCCUAGAGCCCAACGGGAUAAGCAGCAUCCCACCACUGGCUCCUCAGGAGAGUGAUAAUGUGACAGAAAUCUACAUUGAAAACCAAGCAGAUCUGGAGAAUAUUACAGAGACUGACCUUGUUUUCUACAGAGAGCUGAGAAAUCUCACCAUCACAUCGUGUAAACUGAGGCUUAUCUCUCCAAAUGCUUUUCAAAGAAACCUCAAGCUGCAGUAUGUCAACCUGGCGUCCAACACCCUGGAACAUAUCAGCUGGAGAGUGUUUCAUUUUCUCCCUCUGCUCAACCUGAUUUUAAGGGAAAACCCUCUGAUUUGCUCGUGUGACCUCUAUUGGCUGCAGCAGUGGCAGAACGAUGAUCGUGGCGACGUCUACAGCCAGAUGUUGUUCUGUUUGUCCGGCGAUGGGGAAAUACCACUCAGCUCUUUGGUGAUAGACAACUGCAAUUUGCCUGAAGUGACCAUAUCCUCAUCUCAACUGAAGACUCAAGAGGGGGGAAACCUCACGUUUGAAUGUCAUGUGACAGGAAGUCCCACCCCCAAUGUGAAAUGGCAAACUAAAGAACUUGCCUCUGACUACGUUCUGCAGGAGACAAUCAUGGGCUCCUCGGUACAUCUGGUGCUUCAACUCACCAAUGUUUCCUCCAAGGACAACCUGCACAACCUGACGUGUGUGGCUGAGAACCAAGCUGGGCCCAACGAGGGGAUGGUGCAAUUGGACAUUGAGUUUCCAGCCAAAAUCAUCUUCCUGAGAGACGCUGUGCCGCAGCACAACUGGUGCUUCCCGUUCGCUGUGGAUGGCAAUCCAGAGGCAAAGAUCAGCUGGCUGUACAACGGCUUCCUAAUCAGAGAAACCAAAUACCUCUACAGCCAGUUCAUCCCUGACUCAAAUGACGGGUCGGUAAAACACGGCUGCCUCUUCCUCAACAAGCCCACCCACAUCAACAAUGGGAACUACACUCUGAUUGUGGAGAACAGGCUUGGCAGGGAUGAGGCCACGGCUAUUGGAAUGUUUAUGGACAAUCCUUUUGAUCCGUCGGAUCCAGAGGGGAAAAUUCCAGUUCCUAAUGAGAAUCAAAGUCCAACAAACAAACCUGAUAUGGACGUUACAGAGAAUUCUGAGAGUCGGGUGUUUGUGGUGUCUGUGGCUGUGGGCCUUGCAGUGUUUGCCUGCAGCUUUCUGCUCAUCAUGGUUCUGGUCAUAAACAAGUGUGGUCAGCAGUCCAAGUUUGGAAUUCACCGCUCAUCAGUUCUGGGUACCGAGGAUGACCUGGCCGUCUCACUUCGUUUCAUGAAGUUUGGAACCAGCCCGCCUUCCUCAGAUGAAGACUCCGGUUUAUCAAGUUUUGUGGAGAACCCGCAGUACUUCUGCGGCAUCAUCAAGGACAAAGACAUGUGUGUGCAGCACAUUAAGCGGCAGGACAUUGUGUUGAAAUGGGAGCUCGGCGAAGGAGCGUUUGGCAAAGUCUACCUGGCAGAGUGUGCAAACCUCAGCCCCGACAGCGACAAGAUGCUGGUUGCCAUUAAGACCCUGAAGGAUGCAAACGAGUCGACCCGGCAGGACUUCCAGCGAGAGGCAGAGCUGUUGACCGUCCUUCAGCAUCAACACAUCGUUCGAUUCUACGGCGUGUGCACAGACGGAGAACCGCUGGCCAUGGUGUUCGAGUACAUGAGACACGGAGACCUGAACCGCUUCCUUCGAGCUCACGGACCUGAUGCUCGAAUGCUGGAAGAGUCCAAGAUGCCCCCGAUGGGGCAGCUGACUCUACCCCAGAUGCUGCACAUCGCCGCCCAGAUCGCUUCUGGCAUGGUCUACCUGGCCUCGCUGCACUUCGUCCAUCGUGACCUGGCCACUCGCAACUGUCUGGUGGGAGAGGGUCUGGUGGUGAAGAUCGGAGACUUUGGAAUGUCUCGAGACAUCUACAGCACAGAUUACUACCGGGUCGGCGGACGCACGAUGCUGCCGAUCCGCUGGAUGCCCCCAGAGAGCAUCAUGUACAGGAAGUUCACAACAGAAAGCGACAUCUGGAGCUUCGGGGUUGUUCUAUGGGAAAUCUUUACCUACGGCAAACAACCGUGGUAUCAGCUUUCCAACAGUGAGGCCAUUGAAUGCAUCACGCAGGGGCGGGAGCUGGAGAGGCCACGGACCUGCCCCAAGGAGGUGUACCUGCUGAUGCAGGGCUGCUGGCAGAGGGAGCCCCAGCAGAGGAUGGUCAUCAAGGACAUCCACAGCCGCCUGCUGGAGCUGGUCAAGAAUCCCCCCGUCUACUUGGACAUCCUGGGUUAAAGGGGGCCAAAAGGCGGGCCGGAGCAGAAAUCAGAGACUCAAAGGGUUGAGAUUUAUGCUGCUCAAUCUAAACAGCUUCUGUUAUCUGAUUUAAUUCUUUGCGUUUGUUUUCGAAGCCAAGCUUUCAUCCAAAGUUUCACCUCGACUCUGAGUCCGGUUCUCUGCCCUGAGAUUAUCUGGAAAAAUGUCAAAUGUUUACUAAAGGGUUAAAGUUUAUCUGCUGUGGGAUCAGUUUGAUGGGACGUGCAUGGAUAAAUGUUGAAAUAAUGAAAAAAAAAAAAACAACAACAAAGCUUUGCGUUGCUGCAAACCUAAUUUCAGAAGUGAA